AUGUCCAGAUUACGUCCAGAUUACGUCCAGAUCGCCCCAUUGGCCAGAUUACGUCCAGAUCGCCCCAUUGGCCAGAUUACGUCCAGAUCGCCCCAUUGGCCAGAUUACGUCCAGAUCCAGACAAGCGAGAGGCCUCUGUCUUGGUCCUGCAGCUAUCACGUUGUAUCCGUCUUGGUCCUGCAGCUAUCACGUUGUAUCUGUCUUGGUCCUGCAGCUAUCACGUUGUAUCUGUCUUGGUCCUGCAGCUAUCACGUUGUAUCUGUCUUGGUCCUGCAGCUAUCACGUUGUAUCCGUCUUGGUCCUGCAGCUAUCACGUUGUAUCCGUCUUGGUCCUGCAGCUAUCAGGUUGUAUCUGUCUUGGUCCUGCAGCUAUCACGUUGUAUCUGUCUUGGUCCUGCAGCUAUCACGUUGUAUCUGUCUUGGUCCUGCAGCUAUCACGUUGUAUCUGUCUUGGUCCUGCAGCUAUCACGUUGUAUCUGUCUUGGUCCUGCAGCUAUCACGUUGUAUCUGUCUUGGUCCUGCAGCUAUCACGUUGUAUCUGUCUUGGUCCUGCAGCUAUCACGUUGUAUCUGUCUUGGUCCUGCAGCUAUCAGGUUGUAUCUGUCUUGGUCCUGCAGCUAUCACGUUGUAUCCGUCUUGGUCCUGCAGCUAUCACGUUGUAUCCGUCUUGGUCCUGCAGCUAUCAGGUUGUAUCUGUCUUGGUCCUGCAGCUAUCACGUUGUAUCUGUCUUGGUCCUGCAGCUAUCACGUUGUAUCUGUCUUGGUCCUGCAGCUAUCACGUUGUAUCUGUCUUGGUCCUGCAGCUAUCACGUUGUAUCUGUCUUGGUCCUGCAGCUAUCACGUUGUAUCUGUCUUGGUCCUGCAGCUAUCACGUUGUAUCUGUCUUGGUCCUGCAGCUAUCACGUUGUAUCUGUCUUGGUCCUGCAGCUAUCACGUUGUAUCUGUCUUGGUCCUGCAGCUAUCACGUUGUAUCAGAGUGAGUCUGUCUUGGUCCUGCAGCUAUCACGUUGUAUCAGAGUGAGUCUGUCUUGGUCCUGCAGCUAUCACGUUGUAUCAGAGUGAGUCUGUCUUGGU